CUUUGUGCUAAAAUAAAGUGAGACAAAAUGAUUCGCUUAAACCAAGUUCCAAGGAGUCAAAAGAAGUGAAUUCUGAAGAUAGCAAUUGAUAACAUGAUUCCUCAUAUUCUACCACGUCUAAUGUUUCUCCAUCCACAUAACACACCCUUCUUCUAGCCACUUGUCAUCCAUCUUCAUACAAAAUCCCAAAAACCCCAACAAAAUCAAAAUCAUACCCAAAAACCCUAAAUCUCUACCAUUUCUUCCCCUUAUUGAUCAUCCUCUCUACUUCAUCAAUCCAUAAUCACUUCCUUAAAUUCAAUCAACAAUAUGUCUGGUGGAGUCGGUCCAACUGCUGAUAUAAGCCUCCCAAAAGAUGAACACCCAAUUGAAAAACAUGCCCAUAAUUUAGUAACCACCCCAAAUUUAUCAGAAAAAUACCCACAAAAAACCCCCAAAGCUUUCUUCAUAACCUUACGCCAAUUAAAUUGUUUAGCAAUCAUGAUAGUCUUAGCUGCAAGCGGAUUAGUUUCUGUUGAAGAAAUCGCCAUAGUUUUUUUCUCCAUGAUUUACAUAAUUUUCUUAUCAAAAUAUGUAUUCCCAAAUUACAAUCCAUCAAAACAACACCCAGUAUUCGACCCGAAUAGCAAAAUUCUUGGAUCCUAUAUACUAUUUGCUGGGGUAAUCGGGUUAUUUCUACCCAUUUUAUACAUCUUUCAUGGUGUAUUAAAAGGUGAUAAAGAUGGGAUUAAAGCAGCUGUUCCUCAUGUAUUUGUUCUUGCUAGUCAAGUUUUCAUGGAAGGUGUAUCGGCUGCAGACCGGUUUUCGAUCCCAAUUCGGGUUUUCAUACCCGUUUUUUUCAAUUCGUAUAGGUUGCUUACUAUUCGGGUUUGGAUGGAGAAUGAUUUUAUGAAUGUGGGUGAAAGAAGAUGUGGUGAUGGGUGUUCAUCAUUUGGUAGGUUGCGCAUGGGAAGAGUUCUAGCUGUUGCUAAUGCUGUGCUUUGGACAUAUAAUUUGUUUGGGUUUUUGUUGCCUGUUUUUCUUCCAAGAGCUUUUAAAAGAUAUUAUUAUGAUGCUAAUAUCUCUAAUAACUCUAAUAAUAAAGAGGAUUGAGAUAAUUUACAUGAUUUAAUAUUGGAUGGAUGUAUUGUAUUGUGAUUUGGAGUAUCAAGUAGGUUUUAUUUGUUAUAUGGUAAAUUUUUGAGUUGUAGACUUGUUUUUGUUUUAUGGGAGAUUUUAUGCGGGUUUAGAUUGUAUAAUAAAUAAGAUGAAAUAAUAAUGUAAAUGAAUUAGCUCAAUCAAAAGUCAAAUUAUAAGUACUUUAAA